AUGAACGACAUGAUGCCUGAGAAUAGCAUUGUAACUUUCUCUCGCCCGGAGGCGGCCGAAUCCCUCAAUUUGGUCGGCGCAACUAUUGUGGUGGAUGAAUCGGACCCAAUUGGCAUUCACAUUGCUGCGCAGAACCUCGCCGUGGAUUUUGGCCGGGUGACCAGAUCCGAAUCCAAGCCUCUCCUGGUAUCCAAGGAAACCGAGAUCGAUGCUGACCUUGGUGCUGAUGUGGCUAUAAUCAUCGGAUGCAUCGAGUCAAGCCGCAUGCUCCAGCGGUUGGAGAAAGAUGGGAAGCUCAACUUUGACCAAAUUCGCGGAAAGUGGGAGUCUUUUAUAACAACCCCUGUUGCUGGCCCCUUUCCGGGCUGCCGCAAGGCCCUAGUCAUCGCAGGCAGCGACAAACGAGGUGCAAUUUUUGGUACAUAUACUUUAUCCGAACAGAUUGGAGUCUCACCCUGGUACUUUUGGGCAGAUGUGCCGCCCAAGCACCACCAAGAAAUCUUUGCUCUACCCAAGCCCACGUAUCAGGGAGAGCCGAGCGUGCGGUUUCGCGGCAUUUUCAUCAACGAUGAAGCCCCGGCGCUUACAGGCUGGGCAAGGCAAAACUUUGGGGGCUACAACUCAGAGUUUUACAAGAAUGUUUUUGAACUCUUGCUGAGACUAAAGGCAAACUUCAUGUGGCCCGCCAUGUGGCCUGGCCACCCCAAUCCAGGCGCAUCUUUCUUCACUGAUGAUUCUCAAAAUGCCAAACUUGCAGACGACUAUGGGAUCGCCGUUUCCACAUCGCACCACGAGCCUAUGCAGCGCGCGACGAACGAAUGGUUUGCGGACAACCCGGACGGCAGCUGGAACUGGCUUACCAACAAGGAGAAAAUCACCGAAUUCUUCGAAACAGGUAUUACGAGAGCCAAAGGCCUCGAGUCUUACUUUACGCUUGGGAUGCGUGGCGAAUACGAUAAGGGCAUGAAGACCGAUGAUCCGGCUGCAGUUGUGCGCGACGUGAUUAAGACGCAAAGGGCUCUCAUCAAGAACAUUCAUGGAAGCGAAGAUGCUGUGCCUCAGCUACUAGCACUAUAUAAAGAGGUCCAAGACCAGUAUGAAGGCGGGACUAUCGAUGUGCCCGACGACGUUACUUUGCUAUUCGCAGAUGACAACUUUGGCAGUAUUCGGAGGCUGCCUUCAGGUCAAGAGAGAGAAAGAAAAGGCGGCGCAGGUAUAUACUACCACUUUGAGUACGUUGGAACCCCACGGAGUUAUAAGUGGAUCAACAGCAACUCGCUGGGAAAGACGUGGCAUCAACUCCAAGAAGCCCACCGACGCAACGCAAAGCAGAUUUGGGUCUUCAACGUCGGUGACAUCAAGCCAAUGGAGGUUCCACUGACCUUUGCGAUGAACCUCGCUUGGGACAUCAAAUCUAUUGAGGCGGAUAAGUUUGAGAAGUUCUACCGAUCAAUGGCAGAAUCCAACUUCGGCACGGGAUUUUCAGAGGCAAUCGCCAACGUAUGGCGUCGAUAUGAUCGCCUUGCAGCCCUGCGGAGACACGAGCACAUCGAACCGACGACAUUCUCCCUGCUUCACUACGAAGAAGCAGAAAAUGUCGCGAACCGCUGGAAAUCCCUUCUGGAAGACGCCGAGAACAUUUACAGUCGCGUGCCAGAGGAACAGAAAGCUGCAAUCUUCGAGACGGUUCUGCAUCCGGUAAAGGCAUCUUGCAUCUUUACCCAGCUACAGAUAACUUUGGGUCGCAAUCAGUUAUACGCACGUCAACGACGAAACACGGCCAACAAACUCGCACGUGAAGUCCUAGAUCUUUUCGACAAGGACUACACCCUUUCAGAAGAGUUUCACGCUCUCUUGGAUGGCAAAUGGGACCACAUCAUGCGGCAGACACACUACGGCUUUGGGGACACUUGGCAUGCACCGUCUCGGGACAUGAUUAGCGGCAUUUGCUACGUUCAACGCCGGCAAAACUCAAAUCCCAUCGUUGGACAGAUGGGAGUCGCGGUAGAGGGUCAUGAGGGUGUACGUCCGGGACGGACGAACGAGGAGUCGGACCGUACUCAUCCCAGCCGACGAGAUUUGGUGCCUGGAGUCACUCUGGGGCUGAUGAGUCGGUAUGGCCCAAGUAAGAGGUGGUUUGAUAUUUUUACGAGAGGGGCGCACGCCAUCCACUGGAAAGCCUCCACUCCGUUUCCUUGGUUGCAGUUGUCAGCUACCAAUGGUUCUCUUGAUCCGGACGGCGACGAUGCACGGGUCUCAGUUACAGUCAAUUGGAACGAGGUGUCUGACGAUUUUGACCAAGAAGUCUUGAUCGACAUCAGAUCUGACGAAGGCGACUUUGAGCAAGUUCACCUUCCGAUUAAGGGGAGGCGAGUGCCUGAAUCGUUCGGGGACGGCUUUGUAGAAGAAGCUGGCCAUGUUUCCAUACCUGCGGCACUCAACCCUUCGCCGGGUUUCCGAGUGCUCUUGGAUUGCGGCAAAACGACAGAAGGGGCAUUGUCAGUGAUUAACCCAGUCAAUGAGCCAGUCCCAUAUCUGCAGUUCAAGUUCUACGUCUUCUCACAAACUGCAACACCCGCUCUGCUCUUGUACUUCAACAUGACUCUCGAUGUAGACCCCGCCAACCUCAUGUCGUACCAGGUACAGUUAGAUGAUACCCCCUCUCAGACGCAUCAUCUACUACCGAAAGCCGAAAAGUCGGGAGACUUACCCGAUGGAUGGUUUUAUGCAGUGCAGGAUUGCAAUUGGAAGCGGGUUCAUGAUCUAGGAGAUCUCGGCUUGAGCCCCGGAGAACACACUGUGAAGGUUUGGCUGAAUCACACAAACUUGAUUCUAGAGAAGCUGGUUGUGGACGUGGGAGGGUUGAAUGAAAGUUACCUGGGGCCUCCCGCCAGCUUCUAUGUCCCAAAGAGGAAAUAG